AUGCACCCUCGAAGCCUGUUUUUUCCCUUUUACGUAAGUCGUUCCAAACAUGUUUGUAACAACCCCCCGGUGAUGCCUUUGGCAAAAGUGGUUUUGGGUCCAAAGAUCAGUGCUGGGACAAGCGACCUGCCCGCAGCAAACAAGAGCCUGCAGAGUAUAAAAUCCCGGCGGUGCGGUGGAGCGCAGGACAGCCUGAGCCACGCCGACGGGCAGCGGCUGCAGAGGAAGAUGGAGGCCAGCAUGAACCACCUGCACGACACGGGCAUCCAGGCAACGCGCUGGCUGCAGGAGCACUUCCAGGGCUCCCAGGACUGGUUCCUCUUCAUCUCCUUCGCCGCUGACCUCAGGAACGCUUUCUUUGUCCUCUUCCCUAUCUGGUUCCACUUCAGCGAGUCGGUGGGCAUCAGGCUUAUCUGGGUGGCCGUGAUCGGUGACUGGCUCAACCUCGUCUUCAAGUGGAUCCUCUUUGGGGAGAGACCAUACUGGUGGGUCCAUGAGACGGACUAUUACAGCAACACCUCCGCCCCAGAGAUCCAGCAGUUCCCGCUCACCUGCGAGACCGGCCCCG